AUGGGUGUGCCACCCGUCGGCCAAACGAGCAGCACUGGAGAGAUCCCCGCCGCCGUUAUCCUUGGGAACCGUGCAGUCUUUCCCGGCGGCUCUCUCUGGCAGCGGCGAGUGAUAAAACCUCUGGCUGCUCCUACCUCUCGCCGCCGCCGCAGCUACUCGCCGUUCCACCACUCGCAGCCUCUUGCCCCGGCUCACAACGCGAAGCCUCCAAGUCGGACGUGCCCCUCGCUGCAGAGCAGAAUUAUCCCCUCAUCGGAUCCGCCGGCCAAGCUGCUGCUGUUCCUCGUGUCACCUGCCGCCGAGCUGCCACUCGACAUACUGAUGGAUAUAUUUACGCUGCUGGAGAUUCCUGACCUUGUGCGUGCUGGCUCUGUCUGCCCCUCCUGGUGCUCCGCAUACACCAGCCUAUGCAACCUUGGGCAGUACAAACAGUCCCAAACGCCGUGCCUGCUCUACACCUGUGAAACUGACAGUGAGAGCGAUGCGCGCCUCUACAACCUCGUGGAGAAGAGGUCAUACAAGUUAACUCUCCCGGAGCCGCCUAUCCGCAGUAGAUAUCUGAUUGGGUCCUCAAAUGGCUGGCUGGUUACUGCUGAUGAUAGGUCUGAGAUGCACCUUCUCAAUCCUAUUACCAUGGAACAGAUUGCUCUUCCAUCCGUGAUCACCCUCCAGUCGGUAGCACCCAUUCUCGAUGAAACGGGUGCCGUGUACAAGUAUAAUUUCUGGACUCGUGCCACACACCCACCUAGGACCUUUGCUCUUGAUGAACUACGGAGGUACCUCCACCGCAAGGCAUUUGUAUUUUAUGAUACAUCUGCAGAACGCUAUAUCGUGGUGCUCAUCCACAACCCACGGGGACAGCUUUCAUUUGCUUGGAUAGGGGAUAACAAGUGGACCUGGCUGCCACCUGACAGAUAUUUUCAUGACUGCGUCUACAAGGAUGAUCUUUUAUAUGCCGUGGCUGGACAAGGAGAAAUUUUUGCCUUUAAUCUCAGAGGCCCUAUUGUCACAGAAAAGUUGAUUGUGGACGUGGCAAAAGACUAUAUUUGGGAAAAUAUUUACAUUGUUCAGGCUCCUUGUGGUGAUCUGCUGCAAGUUUGGAGAUUGGAAGCUGAAAAUGGGUAUGGUGGAGAUGUGGACAACGCGACGUAUGAAAACCAUACUGGGAAGAUCGAUAUAUUUAAAGUUGACACUACAGCUGAAAAGCUCGUGAAAAUAAAUAGCUUGGUUGAUCAUGUGUUGGUUCUUGGGCUUAACCAAUCACUUUGUCUCAGUACUGAAGAAUAUCCACAGUUGAAAGCAAAUCGUGUCUACUUUACAGAUGAUCAUCAGUUGUAUCUUUUUGGUCACAAGAAUAACCGUCGUGAUAUAGGACUCUUUGAUUUGAAAAAUAACAGUAUAGAGGAACUUGUAUCCCCUCAGCUUUGGUCCAACUGGCCUCCUCCCAUAUGGAUAACGCCAGCACUUACAGAAUUGUGCCCAACAAAAGUUCCACCGUACCCGACACCAGCUUCGACUUCACAAUUUUAUUACCCAGCGAGCCUGCGAGCCGCUUACAUUUUCUUUUGUAUUACUAUUAUAUCUGCCUACCUGAUCAGUUGGUGCUCUAUAUUGUAAAUCUGUUUUCUUCUGCUUGAAUAAUAUGACACAACGGGGCUGUUCUGCCCUUGGUUUGUAA